AUGGAUCUGCUAAUUGAGGCGACCAUCAGGGUCACCAUCGACGAUUCAUUCAUCGACGAAUGGAGCGAGGAUGAGGGGGGAGUACAGAGUCUGGCGCGUGACGAACUGGCCUGGAGGCUGCUGAGGGGGACCGACCACCCUGGGAACCCGACCACGCCCUUGAGUUCCUCCCGCGGCCAGGGGCAAAUAAUCCGGGUAUGGCAUGAGGGAGUAGCGGGCUUGAGCGUCGCCGGAAAACGAAAGCUGACAUUGCCGAACAGUUUUCCCUACGGAGUGCGUGGGGUCGGAGACCUGGUGCCUUCGAGGGCGACUCUGGUAUUUGAAUUGGAGCUUCUUGGCGUUCAAUGGGUCGGGACGCUCACCAUUUUCCUUUUUUGGGCCCUUUACAAGGCUAUUCCGGGAAUAAAGCGGAAGGUCUACUGGAGCCAGCAGUAG